CAUGGGCUCUUAAUGGCCCAAUGUAAGUGAGUGUCGCCUUUAAAUAGAUUUUCCAUUUAACAUUUCCAGUCUUUUGCCUUCUUGCAGUCGCAGCCCCUUCCAAUCUCAUCAAGAGUUUCUAGGGUUUGCGAUUUGAUUCAUCUCUCAACCUCAACAAUGGUUCUCCAAAACGACAUCGAUCUCUUGAAUCCACCAGCGGAACUUGAGAAAAGGAAGCACAAGCUCAAGCGUCUCGUUCAAUCUCCUAACUCAUUCUUCAUGGAUGUCAAAUGCCAAGGAUGCUUCAACAUAACUACCGUAUUUAGCCACUCUCAAACAGUCGUGGUUUGCGGCAACUGUCAGACGGUUUUGUGCCAGCCAACUGGUGGCAAAGCAAGGCUAACAGAGGGGUGCUCCUUCAGGAAGAAGGGUGAUUAGUUAUGGAUAAGUGAUAAAACUCUAGUCUUUUUGUGGGGCUGGUUCUGAUUAUUUAAUGAGAAAUUUUGGUGUAGUUUCUGUUUAGAUUGCUGAAUUGAACCAGUUGUCUUGUGUCAAUGUGUUUGUUGUUCUCUUCAUGCUGAGAAGAUUUUGAGUAAAUUUGGUUUGAUAUGGUUGGUUGACUUUAUCCCGUUAGCACUAAAUUAAAUUUAGCAAUUUAUUGAUA